AUGUCUGCCGAAAAGCGUCCCGCUGACGAUGAUCCUGGCUCCUCCCAAUCGCUCGUGAAGCGACAGAAUGUCAACUCUUCCACAGGCGCCGUCGCGCGUUUGAACGCGUCAAGCAAUGCGUUGGUGCAAUCGGCACCACGAACAAGUGGACUGCAAGCUCCUGUUAUGGAACUGUCAGGACACUCGGGCGAGAUCUUUGCAGCAAAGUUUGAUCCUACAGGCAACUUGAUUGCGUCUGGUGGCAUGGAUAGAUCGAUAAUGCUCUGGAGAACCUACGGCGAUUGCGAAAACUAUGGCAUAUUGAACGGACAUCGGGGUGCUAUCUUGGACUUGCAAUGGUCCCGCGACUCGGAAAUUCUAUACAGUGCAUCAGCGGAUGUGCACCUUGCGAGUUGGGAUUUGACGUCAGGCACGCGAAUUCGCAGAUAUGUUGGACACGAGGAAGUCAUCAACACUUUGGGAAUCAGCAGACGAGGAGAAGAGUUGCUGGUCAGCGGUAGCGACGACUCAACUAUCGGAAUCUGGGAUCCUCGAUCAAAGAAUGCUGUCGACUACAUCCAAACCGAAUUUCCCAUCACCGCGAUUGCUGUGUCAGAAGCUGGCAACGAGAUAUACGCAGGCGGUAUCGACAACGACAUUCGAGUGUGGGACUUGCGAAAGAAGUCGGUGAUAUACUCCAUGCUGGGCCAUUCCGACACCGUCACCUCAUUGAGGGUUUCGCCAGACUCUCAAUCGCUUGUCUCGUAUGCUAUGGACUCUACCGUACGAACAUGGGAUAUCCGACCCUUCGCACCCACAGAAAGACACAUCCGAACCUUUGAUGGCGCAACUAUGGGAAUCGAGAAGAAUCUUCUGGGAGCAAGCUGGGAUUCAGAUGGCAAGAAAAUUGCAGCAGCGUCAGGCGAUGGCACAGUUAUGGUAUGGUCAAGCGAGACUGGCAAGCUCGCCUACAAGCUGCCAGGUCACAAGGGCACAGUCAACUGUGCUGAGUUCUCGCCAGGAGAUGAGCCUAUUCUGCUUUCGGCUUCAUCAGACCGCACAAUGCUUCUCGGCGAGCUGAAAUGA